CCCGGUCAACAUCGCGGGAAGGACGCGACGCUAUGAAAUAUCACAAUAACAUGGUUGUGUUUUGGGGUGAUCAUCUGUUGAAACUAGUUAGCUAUUUGCAUUUUUUAAAAAUUAAUUCAAUGCUCGAUUGUUUAGAAAGUUAGGUGAAUCUUUGUAAAGCAGCCAAACUGCAGCAGAUCUGUGUGUACAUUACCUGUAGUGCGCGCCGCGAAGACUAAUACUAUUAUGAAUCAUGUCCCGCCGACUUACUAAAGAGGAACUGGAUGAACAGUUUGAGCAGUUUUUGAAGGAGUCCAUUUCUGAUGAGUCGGUGGAACUUGGUAGCAGUACUAAAGCCUCCAGUGUGUUGGACAGCUUGGGUAAAACCAGGCAAACGGCAGUGGAAAAGAAGGCGGUCUCACGCCCGUGGUGGCAGGAAGAUGAGGACAGUGUGGACUCUAGUGGGAGAGGGCUGCUGGCAUCUGGGAAGACUUUCCGGAAGUCUCUGAGAAAAUCACAACCCAUUCAGGAGGAGGAUGAGGAGCUGCCCCCAGCCCUGCCCCGUGUGGGAGAAGAGCAGGAGGAGGAAGGGGCAGAGCAAGUCCUCAUCAGCAGAGACAGCCUCGAGCCUGAGGUUUUUUCUCCCCUCUCUCGGGACUCGGAGUCCGUCAUGGCCAGCGGGCCGGGCUUGGGCUUUGGGAAGGGGCUGGACACCCUGGAUGAGGAGGAAGAGAAGGCGCGGUUUUUCUCCGACCUGGAGCGAGGAGCCUCAUCCACCAUCGACUACUCCAGGCUGAACAGGGAGCUGGACUCGGCCCUAUCCACUCCCGCUCACACCCUGAGGAAAGCAGAGGAUGAGAAGAGUGAAGAGGACCAGAGAAAGGAAAGGUCACAGGACUCCAGAGGCUCUGCAGCUUCUCCCAAUUACAGCGAGGAUUUUGAGGAUGCGGCGAGCCUGAAAGAGGCCCAGGAUGAGAAACCCAGUAUGCCUUCCAUGCUAGCUAAAGUGUCCCUCCACGAUUCCCUGGACUCGAUUGGUGGGACUCAGCAGCCGGAGGCGAAUGAGAAGGCUGGGAGGGAGGACUGGGUGGAGCCUGGGGAGGCGGAGCCAGCAGGAGCUGCUCAGUCGUAUGGUCAGAGUGGUGUCAGUGAGAUGGAGGCCCUGCAGGAGGCCUAUCGUAAGAUCAGCGGCUCUGUGGACGAGGCGGAGGGCCACGGGCGGAGCCUCACCCCGGAAGAGGGCUCCAGGGUCCCAAACCGCCACACUCCAACCCCAGAGCCCUCACUAGGCACGGCGAAAAACACCAUGACAACGGGGUCAGAUAUGCCCACAGCGGAGGAGCUAAUGCAGCGAAUCGGGUUGGAGUCCGACGAUAUGCGAGGUUUCUCUCUCCAGCCUGUGAGUGAGGCGGGGCCCCAACCAGAGAGCCGGACCUCCUUUCCGGAAACGCACGUCCCCGCGCCCGCAGAGACCCUGGACCACAUGGAUGUGGGCCGCAGGAGGGUCCAGGAGGAGGUGCAGCGGCUGAUGCUGUAUCAGGAGGACCCCCCCUGCACCUCCACUCCUCCUCCCAGAAAAGAUAGAAAGCAGCAGGCCGCUGUGUGGUCUUCCGGAUCCUCCCUCUCCUCCUGGAGGAAGAGUAACCUCCCACCUGCCAAGAGCAAGAGAGAGGCAGGCAGGCAGUCUCCCACGGCAACGAAGACUUCCGGGCCAAGCAGGACCAGUCCACAGGCCAAACCCGUCCCCCUCCCUCACAAGAAGCCCCCGACUCCUAAGCCCCCGGGUCCAAAGAAGAGUGUGAAAUCGGUGCCUCUGAAGCAGGGGGGAGCAGGCCCCCAGACCAACGCGGGGAUGAAGGUAAGCAGUGAGCUCAUCGCCUCCGUGCAGUCUUUCGCCGACUACCUCCAGCAUCAGAUUGAGCGGAGCGGUUGCCAGGACAACAGCGAGCCUCGACGUCGCUCAGAGAGAAAGAAGGAGACGUGGGAGGCGUCCUCUCUGGACGAGGCAGUGGGGGUCAGAACCUCAGGCAUCCCCCAGCGGGAGAGAGAGGUCGCUCUGUCGCUAUGCAGCGACGACACCCAAGAGCGCCACCUGCUGGACCAGAUGAAACUGCAGCUGGAGCGGCAGGAGGCAGAGCAUCAGGCCCGGGAGGAAGAACUCCGGCUGGUGCACGGCAAAGAGGUCAUCACCCUCAAGCAGGAGAACUACAUCCUGCACAGCAAGCUGCGGAGCAUGGAGGAGGCCAGCAGGAAGAGGAAGUGGAGUUUUGGUGAGGCCUCGGACCCCGUCACUGAAGAGAAACUCAAACUGAUUGAGAAGGAGGUGAAAGAGCAAGAGACCCUGAUCCAGGGCUACCACCAGGAGAAUGAGAAGCUGUACCAGCAGGUGAAGGACCUGCAGGCCCAGAGCAAGCACAGCGAGGAGGCCAUGUUCCAGGAGAACCAGAGGCUGCUGUCUGAGCUGGCUGUCGCCAGGGAACAGAUAAACAGGAGCAGCAUGCAGAGGAUUGUGGGAAAGGACAGUGAGAAGGGUCCCAGGCACAGCCUCACAGACGUGCUGGCUCAGCUGCAGACCGCAGAGAAGGCGGAGACCAGGCUGACGGAGGAGACCCGGCGGCUGAGGCAGGAGAAGCAGGGCCUCGAAGUGGACCUGGAGAUGAUGAAGAAGGAAAGAGACCUGGCCAGAGCGCAGGUCACCUACACCUCAGGUGACUUGAACUUUGAGAUGAGGGUGCAGCUGGAUGAGCACAAGGCAGAGGUGUCUGCACUGAAGAAGAGGCUGCAGUGGUAUGCAGAAAACCAGGAACUUCUGGACAAGGAUGCAGCCAGGCUCCGGGCAGCCACAGCCGAGACCCAGAAACUCAAAGAGCAGGUAGAGAAGCUCAAGAUGGAGGUGGGGAAGAGAGAUGGAAUGCCGCAGAAGAAGAAUGAGAAGGGGGGCGAUGCCAAGAGAAUACAGGACCUGGAAAGACAGGUGAAGGAGAUGGAGAAGAUCCUGAGGAGGAGGAACCCUAACUCCCUCCCGGCGCUCAUCUUUGCGGCGGCCUCGGCGGGCGGAGGAGGGGCCCCUGAGACCCCGCAGACGGGGGCCCUGCUGGAGCGCCGCGUUCGCAGGCUGGAGGCCGAGCUGGAGGGCCGGGACGAGGAGGCCAAGCGCAGCCUCAGGGCCAUGGAGCAGCAGUUCCAGCGCAUCAAGAUGCAGUAUGAGGAGCGUAUCUCAGAGCUGGAGCAGCAGUUGGCCCUGAGGCCUCAGCUGAGCGAGGGUGAGGGGGGCGGCUCUCCUCACGAAGGCCAAUCGAAGGAGCAGCUCCUGCAGGCGGAGCUGGAGAGUGAGAGGGAGGUGGGCCAGGCGCGAGAGCGCUCCCUGCAGGCCGAGCUGGAGUCACUGCGGGAGCAGCUGGCCCAGGCCGGGCCCGGAGAGAAGCAGGACCUGCAGCCCGAGGGCCGGAUCGAGCAGCUCACCAGGGAGCUGAGCGGAAAGACCCGGAGCCUCCAGGAGAUGAGCCGCACUGUGGACCGGCUGCAGAGGGAGCGCCGCACACUGCUGUCAGGAUCGGGGACUGCGGGCCGGCCUGGGGAGGGCAGGAGGCCCGGGGGCCAGGGCAGGGGCCGAGGGGCCGGGCCCGAGCCGCAGACCUUUCCCCCCACGCUGGACGAGAAGGACUACCAGCCCACGGCCUUCUCCGGCUCCCACAUCUCAGAGGUGCUGCAGGAGAGCCAGAGGCUCCGGGCUAGGCUGGAGCAGCUGGAGCUGGAGGGAGAGCAGGAGAGGGUGUCUCUGCGGGCUGAGGCUGCGCACACAGAGGCAGAGCUACGGAGGACUCGGGAGCGUGGGGAGGAGCGGCUGCUAGCGCUCCGGGCUCAGCACCAGAAGGAAACGGAGGGCCUGCUGGCUCGCCACGCCCUGGAACACUCCGCCUCCAAAGUGGCUGAACUGGCCAAUCAGGUGUCAACACAGGAGAUCAUGGUCAGACACCUGCGGGAGCAGCUGAAGGAUCUGCAGGGGUGCAGGGAGGCUCUGACACUGUCUCAAGUGCGAGAAGAAACCCUGCAGACCCAGUUGGCCAAGCUUUUAGAGGACCUGCGGGAGGCGAAAGAGGCUCACACCCCAGAGUUCCGACAUUUCAGCACCCUGCAGAGAAAGAUUGAGAGCAUGGAGCUUCGAUACACACAAAGGGAGAGAGAGCUGCAGCAGGUGAUCGCUCAGACGCGGCUGGUGGUGGAGGCGGAGCAGCAGACUGAGGUGGAGGGCUGGCGGAAGCAGGCCCAAGCCAAGGGCCAGGAGCUGGAGGCCUUCCGGGUGGAGCUGGACUCCAUCCUGGAUGUCCUGAGAGAGCUGCAGAGGCAGGGUGUGGUCAUCCCUGUUCCAGAAGCUUCCAGAGCUGAACCCCUGACCCAGUUCACCUGGAGAAGCUGAGGCCGUGGGAUCUGAGGCAGAACCAACUUUUCUUCCUGUGUUCCACUGUAGGACCCCAGCGCAACAGAUGUUGAUUGCUGUUAUUGUUAUUAAUCGCAUUCAGGUCCUCCUGAACUGCGUAUGCCGCAGCUACAAUCUACAGUCCAUUAACCUGAUGCAGAAAGGAACUAUAAUAACUUCUUUGUGAAGAGCAGAAGAGAAUGAUGCACUGAAACGAUGUGGCACGUACCAGCAAUUGCAGAAAUAAUGUUGCUUGUUUCAGCAGCUAUUAGAAAAAUGUUGUACUAAGCAUUAUUACUUACAGUAUGUGAUCAGUAGCGAGAAGACAUAGAAAGGGAUUCCGUACUGCACAGAGUCUGCACAGUGGCUACAGAGUGGUACGGAGGGUUCUAGUAGGGUUUGAAUCUUUGGUUCCUGAUUGGAACUAAUUUUAUUGUCAUGUUGUAUUUAUUGUAGAAAACCAUACACUUCUCUAGGCCAAGACCACACUGGCACUUUCUCCUGAAGUGUUUUAUUUAUUAUUUAAUAUACUGUAUUUACAAAAAUUGUAUUCUAGUUAUUUUUGGAUAAUGAAUUUGAUAUAGUGUAUUAUUAUUUAGUUGCUGACUUUUUAUGAUCCUGUGUGUAUAGUUGUGUAAUUAAUUUAAAACCGAAGUAAAAGUUAAGUUUGC